AUGGCUGAAAAAUGGCCGCGCGUGUAGGAUUUUUUAUGAUUUGAAGAAGAAAGUUGGUGCUAAUAAAUCAAUUAUUGUGCAGUUUGUGGACAAUCUGUGUGAUUAAAAAUCAACAGAGUGUACAUACAAAGAGACAUUGAAAGAUGAUUCCUGAUUUUACGGAGGAGAUCAGUCUUUCCGCUCAAGAACUUCACGUUCUCUCCGAGCUUGACAGCCGGCAGUAUGGAUUUCUGAAGCUGACGUCGCCGGAGCAGGCGAAAAAGCAGGCACUUGUCUUAAAGGCAAUUAAGUACCUGGAGCGUAUGCUAGUGCAGGCUCAAUCGCAGAAAGAGAGGGAUUUUAGUAGUAAAAAAGGCGAUGAUCUGGCCAGGAGUACAGAGAAAGCACAAGGUGGUGCAGAAGAUGCGAAGGAGGUUGUCAAAACGGAGCCAGUGGACUUUCCGGACGAAGAAAGUGGCGAGACAAUGCCAAAGAAACUCAAAUUAGAGGAGAGUGAGCCACAAAUUGUGGACAUUGACAUGAAGACAGUGGAUAGUGUGGAUGAUGGAGCCGGUAAGGAUACUACUCAGAAGGAUACAAAGGAUCUCUCUGAUGCAUCCAAAGAUAUCAACAUUGAUCCACGUACCUACUGCAAACUCGGGCACUUCCACCUUCUUCUGGAGCAAUAUCCCAAAGCUUUGAGCGCAUAUCAAAAAUUCUAUAAUCUCAAAAGUGAUCAUUGGAAGGACACGGCGUUCCUUUACGGUCUCGGACUCGUCUACUUUCACUACAAUGCCUUCAGGUGGGCGAUCAAGGCAUUCCAGCAGUUGCUGUACGUCUGCCCAGACUUUGCACGUGCCAAUGAGGUCCACCUGCGCCUGGGGCUUAUGUUCAAAGUGAAUGGUGACUACGAGACAGCUCUGAAGCACCUGCAACUUGCCUAUUUGGAUUCAUCCUCACCUACAUUAUCAUCAAAACUCGAAAUCCGAUUUCACAUUGCCCAUCUGUAUGAAGUGCAAUCAAAGCAUAAGGCGGCGAAAGUGGCGUAUGAGCAGUUACUUAACGAAAAACAGCUGACACCGCAAAUAAAGGCAGACAUUUAUCGACAACUAGGAUGGAUGUACCAUUCAAUUGAUUCGCUGGGAGAUAAGCGUUCCAGGGAAACAUUUGCCAUACAUUAUCUACAGAAAUCAAUCGAAUCGAGUCCUACAUCGGGACAAUCUCUCUACCUUCUUGGGCGGUGUUUUGCCGGGCUCAAUAAAGUCCACGACGCCUUUAUAGCGUAUAGAAAUUCCGUGGAGAAGAGUGAGGGAAACGCAGACACAUGGUGCUCCAUCGGGGUGCUGUAUCAGCAGCAGAAUCAGCCUAUGGAUGCACUGCAGGCUUAUAUAUGUGCCGUACAAUUGGAUAAAUCCCAUAAAGCAGCUUGGACGAAUUUGGGUAUCUUGUAUGAGAGCUGCAGUCAGCCACGGGAUGCAUUUGCGUGCUUUUUGAAUGCAACGCGUACACAGCAGACACAGGAGGCAUCAACGGUGGUCGGGGGUGGUCAGACACCAGCAGUAGCGGGUAAAUUGAAUAAUUUGCAGCAGAGGAUAAAAUUUCUGCAGAGCCAACUGGCGCACGCUCCUAUGCCGAGCAUAACGUCCAAGAGACGCCAAUUACCCUCGAUUGAGGAGGCGUGGAAUCUACCAAUUUCGGCAGAGAUGAGCUCACGGCAGCAACAGCAGCAAAGUGCUCAGGCGAAUCAUCAUCAACGGCAAUUCCAGAAGACACCAACUGGCGGGGGUCAGCAGGUUAUUGUGGGGCCACCACCACCAUAUCCAAAUGCUCAGGCACCCACAGCAGGAGCCCCAAUUGCGGCGAAGCGCUUCAAGACGGAAGAUGUCCCCGGGCAGCGACGUCCAGGGCAGCCGUCAUUCUAUCUUACGCAGCAACAGCUGCAGAUGCUGCAGUACUUGCAGCAGAAUCAGGCGAAUUUACCGCCACAUCAGCAGGAGUUGCUGCAACAGCUGACACAGCAGUACAGAUUGAUGCAGCAGCACCAGCAACAGCUGCGGUUGCAACAGCAGAGAGCCGCUCAGGGUGGGCAACCGCAGCAACAGCAAGUGGGGCGACCCUUUCCGGGGCAGCAACCUCAACAAAUUGCUCAGGCGGGCAAUGGAACGACGUUCCAGGCACAACAGAGAACCCCACCGUCGGGCACGGUGGCACAGACGGGAUUUGCCGAUAGUACGGGUGCCAAUUUCCCAGCUGCCACGGGGCAUACGCAACCAGCUGCUGGGAUGCCCUUCAAGGCAGCCGGUGGGAAUGCAACCACCCCAACAACAUCCUUCCAAUCAACACCAAUGCAGCAGGAUUUCGUGGCGACUUCUGCAUCACCCACAAUCACAACGAGUCAAUCGGAUUUGGGUGUGACGGAUCAGGAGCUUCGGGCGAUUCUUUCGCAACGUGAUAUCGCCACAACACUCGCGGAAAAUCUGCUUAAGCAAUUCGGGUCGGAUGAUAUUGAUAUCAAGGAGGAGGUUCCCGAUGUGCCAACAUCCGUUGCGUCCACACCAGUGUCCGUUGUGGCUGAUAGUACGACAAAUCCACAAAAAUCCCCACCAAUGAAGUGCGAGGUGACUUCCACGAGCAAUACUGUAAAGCCCGUCAUUCCAAAGCGUGAGAUAAAGAUGGAGCCUGUGUUGAAAAUUGAAAAACUCUUUGAGGGUGAUCAGAAGCCACGAUUUUCCAUUGAGAUGGAUUCAAAGCAGAUAACAGAAAUGUGCAAAUCGAUGGAUUCCAAACAACCUCCGCCCCCGUGUUGCAUUCUAGCACCCGAUACACCGCCCCCGUGUCCACCGGAUUGCCCGCCGCAGCGUCUUACGCGGGAACAACUGCAACCACCCACGCCAUCGGUGCACCUGGAGAAUAAGAAGCACGCCUUCAGUCCGCAACUGCAGGAGUUCUGUCUAAAGCACCCAAUUGCUGUGAUACGUGGCAUGGCGGCGGCCCUGAAGCUCGAUCUGGGCUUAUUCUCCACAAAGACCCUCGUGGAAGCCAAUCCAGAUCACAGUGUUGAGGUCCGUACGCAAAUGCAUCAGUCGUCGGAUGAGAAUUGGGACAUUGGGCAGGCUAAGAGGGUGUGGGCGUGCAUCUCACACAGAUCACAUACAACCAUUGCCAAGUAUGCCCAGUAUCAAGCGUCCAGUUUUCAGGAUAGUUUAAAGGAUGAACGUGAUAAAACAAGCGGAGUUCACAAUUUUUCCGACUCCGAUUCCAAAGAUUCAGUAAGCAAUAACGGUACCAAUGGAAAGAAGAAGAAGCUGAAGAAUAAUUCCAAAACCCUAAGAUUCGGUACGAAUGUCGAUCUUUCGGAUGAACGCAAGUGGAAGCCACAGCUGCAAGAGCUACAAAAGUUACCGGCAUUUGCACGUGUUGUGAGUGCAGCGAAUAUGCUGUCACACGUGGGGCAUGUUAUUUUGGGCAUGAACACCGUGCAAUUGUACAUGAAGGUGCCGGGAAGUCGAACGCCGGGGCAUCAGGAGAACAAUAACUUUUGCUCCAUUAACAUCAACAUAGGUCCUGGGGAUUGUGAGUGGUUUGCCGUGCCUGAUGCCUACUGGGGUGGGAUUCAUGGGCAGUGCGAUAAGAAUAAUAUAAACUACCUCCAUGGAUCGUGGUGGCCAGUGCUUGAGGAUCUCUACAAAGCCAACAUCCCUGUGUAUCGGUUCAUUCAACGUCCCGGGGAUCUUGUUUGGGUGAAUGCUGGGUGCGUUCACUGGGUUCAAGCCAUUGGAUGGUGCAAUAAUAUAGCGUGGAAUGUGGGACCACUCACAGGACGGCAGUAUCAGCUCGGUAUUGAGCGCUAUGAAUGGAAUAAGUUGCAGAGUUUCAAAAGUAUUGUGCCAAUGGUACACCUAAGCUGGAAUUUGGCCAGAAACAUUAAGGUGUCGGACCCUAAACUCUUCGAAACCAUCAAAAACUGCCUGCUUCAGACGCUGAAGAAUGUUAUUCUAACGCUUGAGUAUGUCAAGACGAAGGGAAUUGAAGUAAGGUUCCAUGGACGCGGGAAGAAUGAAGCUUCUCACUACUGUGGUCAAUGCGAGGUGGAAGUAUUCAAUGUGCUCUUUAUAAGGGAACAGGAGAAGCGUCAUGUAGUUCACUGUCUAGGCUGUGCUCGGAAGCAGACACCAUCUCUCCAGGGAUUUGUCUGCCUCGAGGAAUAUCGACUAAGUGAAUUAACGCAAGUUUACGAUGCCUUUGUUCUUCAUAGCCCCCCGCCACAGCAAAUUGUUGCACCCGUUGUACCCACGACGUCCUCGUAACAUCCAGAGAGUGACGAUAAUUCCUCGUCAAGGGACAAUUCUUGUCCACAAAUGAAAUUUCAUGGAGGUAUGUAAAAUUCCUUUCCUGUAUUCUCUCUCUUUUUUUCUCCCCUGCCUCACGUGGAGAAUACAAACACACACACACACACUCAACGAAUGAGUGUGCAAGAAGAAGAAAAAAAAUCACUGGAUACGUCUUUCUAUGGAGGAGAUACAAAAUGUAGCAUAAACUUCAUCCUGUCUCUGCGUAAUAUUUCUAUUAAAUUAAUUUAUUGUGUCUUCUCAUUGAUAUAAAAAAACAAACAAAGGGAAUGACGGAGAAAAAAAACUUUUAGAUGUGAAUACUAUUGACAUUAUUAUAGAUUAAAACUUGAAUAAAUAUCCAUUUUUAGUAAAGAUGAAGGACAAAACAAAAAUAUAUAAAAAUUAUCACUUUCUGUUAAUAUUUAUUAUAAAUAGUGUGCGGGAGCAAUGAAUGCGUGAAUGGGGUGGGGAAUGGAGAUAUGAAUGAAGAGAGAUAUAAAGAAAAAUGUAUUACUAGAAGCGAUUUACGGUAUAUAAAAUAUAAUAUAAUAUAAAAAUGAGUAAUAGUUUAGUGAAUGAAACAAUCGUGGAAUGAAAAAUAUUCGCAAGAAAAACGUAUUUAUAUGGAGAAUUUAGAUAGUAAGAUUAUGUCCAUUUUAUUACCUCAUAAAACUAUUAAAGAAGUAGAAGGAAAAAAACAACACAGAAAACGGAAGGAUAUAGAACGUAGUCACACCAUUAUUUUCUCAAAAAACAAAUAACAUUAUAUACUUUAGGGGGCAACAUAAAAAAAGAACGUACGAGAAAUCACUUAGAGAGUAAUUUCAAUAGGGUGUCUCAAAAUAGGUGUAGAAUUUGAAAUUGGUGGCGUUUUAUUGUGGAUGGAUUUAAUGGAUUAAAAACACGAAAAAGAUAGGUAAUCCAUUAAAAAACUUAAAAUUUUUCAGUUAAUAUUUCAUUUAAUUUUUGAAAAAUUAAGUAACCUCAACAUUGUCUUCUUCCGGAAGAUUGAAAAGUAGAGUCCGGAACAUGAAUUAUGAAGGAAUCUAAAUGAUUUUUAAUAUUUUAUGAAUAAAAUCUUAUUUUCAUCAACUUAACAUUCAAAAUAGACUGAAAGUUGUACAGAAUUCUUUCCGGAAUAUCUAUUAAAGGGCAAAUAAGGCUUUGUUUUCCGGGAGUUAAUAAUCUCAAGAAGAAAUAAUAGAUAAAACAAAUCUUAAAUGAUUUUCAGUGUAUAUCCAAACAGGUCGUCAUUAACCAUACAGAAAGAAGUAAAAAAUAAUAUCAGUUUUAUGAUACAAAAACUAGUUUUUAUUCCGGAAGGAUCAAUUCUGUGCCAAAUUACUUUCUCUUCAAACGUUUUGUUACAAGAUUUUGACAGUUUGUGUCUGUUCCGAAAAUCCCUUAGAAAAUUCUUUAGAGGAUUCUGGAAACAUUUUUUUUGAAGAACAUAACUAAAGAUAUGACCUGUCAAAAUCUUACGUUUAAUACCGAAAAUCUUGCAAAUCUUUAAUAUUCAGUAAACAGAAAAGAUUUUUGGCAGAAUAGACCUUGGAAUUUUUGAUUUUUUAUUUAUUUGUUUAUUUGUUUAUUAUUAAAAUAACUUCUAAAAAUUUCUUUAAAAUUUAGAUCAACAUUUUGUUUUUCCGGAAAAUGUUAAAAGAUAUUUUGAUAUGACCUGAAAUUUUGAUAAAAUGAAUUUUAAUGCCUGAAACUGACAGAAAAAUUACAUUUUUUAAAUUUUAUCAGUAAAUUCUAAUUUACAAUUUCAAGAUUAAUUUUUCCUUUUAAAAAGCUUUUGAAUGAUAAAGAUAAAAAAAUAAAACUAUAAUAACAAAGUUUAAAAAAAAAUGUUGGAUUAUUAGAAUAAAAAGUAUGGAACAAUAAAACAAUAAGAGGGAUCAUCAAUUACAAAUAAUUACAUUUAUAUUGAGACACCUUCUACGAUAUGUAAGUUAACACGAAUCAUAAAUUUAGGCAUUGCUAGCAAAAAAAAAAUAUAAAUUAAACAAGACAAAAAUUAAGCAAUUUCGAUAUUACGGGCAAACACUAAAAAAAAAUAAAUCACAAACAUUAUAUUAUGUAAUCUUGAAAGAAUGAAAGAAAAACCAAAAAGAAAAUCGAAAUUUACAGAAGAAUAUUUUUCUUUUCAAAAAAACAAACGGACGAAAAGAAAGGAAUUUAGGAAGAAAAAAAUAAAAUUGACUGCAAAAUUGAAAAAUGGUGUGUUCACUAAAUUAUCAAAUUACGAAAUAAGUUUUUUUUUCGUGGACGUAGUGUUAAUUUAUGUAAAUGAAGAGAAACAAUUUUAUUAUUACGAUUGGGGGGUGACAAGUGAAAAACAAAAAUAAAAUGGGGAUGAACGAAAAGUACCACCGCUUUAUAAGGAAAAACAAAAUGGAAAUGAAUUGUAGGAAAAAAACAAAUAAAUAAGAAAAAUCGUGUAAGAAUAGGAAGGGAGAAGAAAAAAAACGUGGAUGGGAAAAUGUGCAGGGAGUCCUCUUCUUUUGAAUUGCUGAGCUCUUGUACUUUUUUUUCUUCCAACAAAAAAAAAGAAAAGAAAACUCGUGUAAAACUAUUUAAUUGCGAUCUCAAGAAAAUCUUUUUUCUUUAAGAAAAUUAGAUAUUGCGUGUGUGUAUAUAGUUAAAUUAAAUUGAAUUCUAUAAAUUUGCGUGUAAGUUUUAAAAGAAAGAAAAAACAAUGUAAAGAAAUCGCGAAAUAAAUGAUGCGAAAAGCAUGACAAAAAAGUGAAUAAGAUGUUUUAUUAUUCUACCUUUAAAAAUUUUAUUAAAGAAAAGAAACAUUUUCAAUCGGCAAAUUUAACAAAAAAAAGAAACCUUUUUGAAUAAAAGAAGAAAUUCUCUAUGAAGAAAAUUAUUUUAUUUGGAGAUAAAACAGUUAAAAAAAAACAAAUAAAUGAAAAAAAUGGAGAUGAAAAGAAGGAUAAAAAACAUUGAAAAAAUGAAAAUAAAAAAACCUAUAACCAGUGUUCACUGCCAAUUUAUGUGUAAAGGACAAUUGAGACAUAGAAGAAGAGAAAAUUAUAAAAAUAAGUGAAAAAAUUGUAUAGGAAAAUGCGUGAAAUCGAUGGAUGGUUGCACAAGCAAGCAAGAAAAAAGGACGGGAAUCCUUUUACAAACUUUUGUACAUAAAAAAUAAUGUUCUUAAAACUAAUUGGCAUUUAAUUGGAUGAGAAAAAAUAUCAAUUAUCUGGACAAAAUAAAAUAUUUAAAAUAAAAGAAAAAAACAUUCGGCUACAAUAUUAACUGUUUUGAGCGGAAAAAAUGUAGAAUUAAAAUUCAAAGAAAAAAAUAUUUCAAAAAAUAAAAAAUGAAUUAAAUUAUCAAAUGGUACGUUUAGGAUGGAAAUUAUAGAAGUUGUGUCUUUGUGGAAAUAAUUGGAAUAGAAACAGCAUUAUAUUGUAGCAAGAAAGGGGGCAAGAAGUACAGAAGGUGGUUGAAUUUUAGGGACAGAAAAAAGUUUUUUUUUAAUUUUUAAAUCAGUUUGAAAAAUCAUUUCAUAAUGAUUUCUGCAAAAUAAGGCAAUUAUUUUUAACCAAAAAUAAUGUUUUUUUAUAAGAAUACUUAAAGGAAUUUUAAAAGGUUUACAAAGGAGUUUAUCCACUUCUUAUAUGGAAAAUUUCUUAUCCGUGCAUCUGUUGAAUUUUGAGCUUCAGGUUUUAAUUUUAAAAUCUGAAUUCAAUUAAAACGAUUAAAAUCAUUUCUUUGUAAAUAAAUUCCUUGAUAAAAUGCAAAUAAUUCAAUAAUUCAGUUUGAUAAAGAUUAUUUUCUCGUUUUUUCUGAUUUUUUUUUGAAAUAAAAUUAAUUUUUAAUACUCUUUAACGAAGAAUAAAAGAAUCAAUAAUCAUUUAAAGGAAAUAUCCAAAAAUUGAUUUGAUUCCAUCUUGUUGGGAAAAAACAAACAGAAAUUAAAUGAUAAUCUUAAUCUCUUUAUAAUAAAUUUGAAAUAUUUUAAUAGAAAAAAAAUAUUUCUUCUGUCGCGUUCAAUCUUAUGACUAACUCUUUAAAGUUUAAUUAAAUUUAAAAAAAUCUUAUAUGAAUUGCUUUGAAUUUGCAUAGCUACUGAAUUAUUAUUUUAUUUUUAUUCAUUCUGUCCGUAUAAUUUUCACUCACUCCACACUGUACUUCUUCCACUCAUAUUUGGGUCGUCUUUUGAUCGUUAUUAUUGAUGUGCGGCAAUGAAGUGUAAUAUCUCCAAAAUAAUCUUUUGUUUUCUUUGAAAAAACUUUAAAAAAAAAAGGAAAAAUCUAAAUUUAGUGAUCAAAAAUAAAGAUCAGGAACGAAAAAUAUCGAAAUUAAAUGUCAAAAUGAAUGUGAAGUUACGUAAAAAAAAAGAAAAGAAAUAUGUAAGGAACGAAAGCUUUCAAGAUUUUACACAAACAUACAACACAGAACUGCAAUAAAAUAAAAAUCUCUUCUGCUUUUUUGUAUAGAAAAUAAGUAAAAAAAAUAGUUAAUGAAAACAAAAACCAAACUCUCACCUCAAAUUCUAACUCACUGCCACGUCAUAGAACAAGAUACAAAAAAAAGAAGCAAAAUGGUUUAAUAGAAAUAGAAUCCAAAGAGAAAGUUGAGAAAUGGUUAAAAGAAUGUUAAAAAGAAGAAAAGAAAAAUAACAAAGAGAAGGAAAAAGGAAAUUUCGUGGAAGCUUCUAUGUGCCUUUUUCUUGGAUCUUUUUUUUUGGACGAUAAUGCGCGGUUUAUCCGCCUUAUAACAAAAAUAAACCCUAAUUUUUGAUACUCAGAAAAAAACCCAUAACUAAAAAAAAGUUUUAAAGAAAAAGUAUGAAGAGAAAAAUGCCAUAAAAAAUUAGUUUUACACUCAAAAAAAAAUGGAUGGUUUUUUAGUAAGAAAAGAAAAUAAAAUGCAAAAAUAACUCUGGGAAAACAAACAUAUUUUUGUGAGAAAUAAAUGAAGAAAGUGUAGAAAAAAUAAAUUGCUUCGCAUAUUUUGUAAUAAAAAUCAAUACAUUAAAUUAAAAAUUAAAGAAAAAAAACACAUGCAAGGAUCACAAAAAGCAAGAAAAAAAGUAAAUUAAAAAAAAUCUCAUGACAUAGUAAAAUAAAUCGCAUGGAAUAGUAAGAAAAAACAAGAAAAUAUAAGAAAAAUUAUAUAAAAGGGCCGUUUAUUGGCUUUGUAACCGAUCUACGAUUUACCAAUUUAUUCUGUAUAUAGUGGUAAAAAAUAUUUAAAUUAAAGUAAUUUCGCGUUAGUGUAGAACUAUUUGGAACAAUUAAACUGAUAAAUUACACAACUAAGCAUUAAUUAAUCGAAAUAUAUACUGAUAUACAAUUAAAA